AUGGCCGGCGCGGUAACGGACUUGGAAGCUGGUCUUCAGGCCAUGCUGAAUCUUAAGCCGCCUGGUGUGUCCGGAUCUCGUAUCACUAGUCUAACGUCGCUUUGCGUCUCCAACAUACAGUCUGAAUCCGUACUCAUUCAGAAGAUCUAUACACAUUUCAAAAAAGCUCCUGGAACACACAAGUUGGGGGUUCUCUACGUAGUAGAUUCUGUAACCCGAAAAUGGCUCGAGCAAGCAAAAGCCCAAGGACAAACAGUAAACAGUUCUGCCCCGGAUGGGACAUAUGCCGCCGGAGUACAUCGAGUGACGGAACUAAUGCCCGUGCUAAUGAAUGAUAUCCUCCAAACCGCCCCUGAAGAACAAAAGGAGAAGAUUAAGAAGCUCCUAGACAUCUGGGAGAAGGGCCAGACCUUUCCUGCGCACAUGAUUGAAUCAUUCAAGCAGAAGUUGACUGCACCAUUAGUACCGAAAGCAUCAACAACUCCCCCGGGCAGCCCGCCCGCAUCCGCUCUGGCUGCAUUGCAAGGCCAGCCUCCAGCUUCUGGCGCUCCUGUCCCCCCUAAUGGGUCUUCGAUCCUGGAGGCUCUUGCAAACAUUGCUAGACAAAACACAUCAGCUCCUGUGGCUACGGCAGGUAACCCAAACCUACCUGCUCCUGCGCCUUCGUAUGGUAUGCCCGCUGCAGGCCGCCUACCGCCUCCAGUUGCUUCAUCGACGAUUCCGGUAUCUCAGCAGCAGACUCACCCAUCAUAUCCUCCGGCCACACAACCCGUAAACAUGUCGUCUCUGCCCUUCUCAAUUCCCCAGAUGCCAGGACAUGGUGGUGGUGCUGGUGCUGGUGCUCAAGCUACCCCCUUGCCUAACAACCAGAGUAACCCUGCAAUUCCAUACAAUAUGGCAAACUCGACCGCUCCUACUGGUGGAGCAGCCUUAGACUCAAGCGUUCAACAGCAGAUCCUGUUGAUCAAGGCUCUCGCCGAUCAAGGUGUACCGUUCGACAAGAUUCCUGCUUUGAUCCAGAGUAUGACAGCCAACAACACCAACAAUACUGCCCCCGCCAAUGGUGCCCCCUCAGCAUUCCAGCCACCUAUUCCAGCAGCCCAGGGUACAUUUUCCACCGCAGGUCAACAGCCUUGGGGUCCUCCUGCUCCUGUAUCCGGUGACGGGCGUGACAGAGCUUACCAGGAUGGAGUCAGGUCGCCUAGGUAUCACGGCCGAUCCAGAUCACGGUCACCGGAUCGCGGAUGGGGAGGGUCGCGUGACUCACCACGUGGCGGACGAGAAAGACCUGGCCAUGGUCGCAACUCUCCGCUCAACGGUCGCCAUGAUGAUCAUGAUCGCAAUGGCCGUGGCGGUAACGAGUAUCGGCAACGCAGUCCUCCUGGUCGUCGAGGCAGAAGUCCUACACCAGACAACAGCAACAGCAACAAUCUUCCGCGUAUUGAAAGAUGGCUUGAGUAUGAUCCUAGCCUGCCGGCAGGUCAUAUCAAAGUUUUUAGCCGUACGCUGUUCGUAGGAGGUGUGACAUGCUCCGAGGCCGAGCUGCGAAGAAUAUUCAGCCGGUACGGCACUGUCCAGACGUGCAUUGUCAACAAGGAUAAGCGUCAUGCAUUCGUCAAGAUGCUGACCAGAAAAGACGCGGUUGCUGCCAAGGAGAAUAUGGAGGAUAAUAGGAGCAUCGACCUCCCACUAAGAACUCGCUGGGGCGUCGGUUUCGGGCCUCGAGAUUGUAGCGACUAUGCCACGGGUGUCAGUGUCAUACCGAUUCACAAGCUCACCGAGGCUGAUCGCAAAUGGAUCCUGACCGCUCCAUAUGGUGGAAGUGGUGGAAGUGCGAUUGAAACUGGUCUCUCUGUGGAAGAGCCCGACAUUGAGAUUGGAGCUGGUGUCUCGUCCAAAGCCAUCAGCCGCCGCAUGCAAACAGACAAGGGGGGCAGCAACGGACCCAAGUCGACCCGAAACAGAGAGGAAGACCCGGGCAGAAAUCGUCGGGGUCGAGACGGGGCGGUAGCUCGGCGAGGUGGUGGUGACCGCGGCAGCAACGGCACUCAAUCCUCCAUGGCGUCUGGCUUCCCAUUCGGCAUCGGAACCUUGCCCAACGGAAUGCCCAACUUCCCGGCCGGCUUCUCCUUCCCCGAUCCUAGUGCUAGUCAUUGA